AUGACCAAUGCUAAGAAUAGGCUGGUUUCAGAGUGUGGAAAUGAAAAGGGCAACCUCGUUAUUGAAGUAGAUGAUAGCAAAAUCGAUAACUGGUUUAUCAAUGUAGCUGACGAGCAAUUGAAUCCAUUUUGUCGCUUAUCGCGAAACUGGCGCGUUUGUUCACACUACAUCAAGAAGGUUCCCUGCCUCAUUGCUGACUACGAUGUAAUACAGAGAGCUAAAAAUCCCAAGUACACUCCUCUUGAACGAACUCGAAAAACUUCAGGUCCCUAUGGGUACACUCCAACUGUGCCGUCACGAUACUCCAAAGAUGAUGACGAUCUCGACCAUCAACAGGAGCUGUUCAAUAUUCAGUGUGAAGCAGUGCGCCUAAGUGCUCACUAUCGAAAACAGCCGGAAAUGAUUAACAUGAUGGAGGACUACAGUGAUGGAGAGCUGGAGGACCUGGAAGAGGUCAUACUGGAAGCCGAUGAUGGCGUUGAUGAUUUUGAAGAUGAAGAAGAGACCCCUCGUUUGGUUGACAACAUGGCCCAUAUGUCGGGCGAAGUGGGCGUAGGCGAUUGCGUCCUGCUGCAUGAAAUAUCGAAGAAAAGUCUAAUAGACAAUUUGAAAAUCCGUUACAAUGCUGGUCGCUACUACACCUACAUUGGAGAAGUGUGCAUUUCUUUAAACCCUUACAAAACACUGUCAAUCUAUGGCCAGGAUCAAAUUAACGAAUACAAAGGAAGAGAAAUCUUCGAGCGGACACCGCACAUAUUUGCUAUUGCAGAUGCGGCCUACAAAACGAUGAAACAACAAACAAAGGACACUUGCAUCCUCAUUUCAGGUGAAAGUGGUGCCGGUAAAACAGAGGCCUCUAAAAUUAUCAUGAGAUACGUUGCCUCUAUAACUAACGUUCAUGGCCAAACAGAAAUUGAAAGAGUAAAGAAUAUUCUUCUUAAAUCAAACUGCAUUUUGGAAACUUUUGGCAACGCCAAAACCAUACGAAAUGACAACUCUAGUCGCUUUGGCAAGUACAUGGACAUCAACUUUGAUUUCAAGGGCGAUCCACUGGGCGGGCACAUAAACAACUACCUUCUGGAGAAGUGCCGAGUUGUGGGCCAACAAGAGGGUGAACGCAACUUUCAUUCCUUCUACCAGCUGCUGUACGGCUGCACCGACCAACGCCUAAGCCAGCUCAGUCUGAGCCGAGACGCCAGCCAGUACUUCUACUUAAGGCAGGGAAACGUACCAAAGCAAGCCGCCCUGAAUGACAGCGCCAACUACAAACAGGUGGAAUCGGCGAUGAAGACGCUGCAAUUUAGUGCCGAGGAGAUUCUCGCCUUCGACCAGAUCCUCGCCGCCAUCAUCCACCUGGGCAAUGUGCAGUUCGAGUUCAGGGCGGACACUGAGUCGAUUGCCGUCGUGUCAAAGUCAAAGGGCGCCGUUUCUAAUCUGGCAAAGCUGCUCUCCGUGGAGGCGGCCAGCGUGGAGAAGACACUCUGCGCGCGGACCAUCUCGGCGAAUCGUGAGGUGAUGCGCAAAGAGCAUACGGUCCAGCAGGCCGAAUCAGGUCGAGACGCCUUCGCCAAGGCCAUUUACGAGCGCCUCUUCAACAAGGUCGUGGAGGGCGUCAACCGGGCGUUGACCAUGGACGGCAGCAACAUUAGCGCGCAAAGUCGGCGCAGCUUCGGCGGCAAGCGGACCUUCCUCCGCUACUCUUUUGUAGACAUUUACGGCUUUGAGGUGCUGGAGAGUAACAGCUUUGAGCAGUUUUGCAUCAACUACUGCAAUGAGCGGCUGCAACAGCUGUUCAUUAGUCUAGUGCUGAAGCAGGAGCAGGAGGAGUACGCGAAGGAGGGCAUCGAGUGGUCGCACAUUGAGUACUUCGACAAUGCGCCCAUAUGCUCACUGGUGGACAGUCAAAAGAAUGGCAUUCUUGCGGCGCUGGACGAUUCUUGUCUGGCGGUGGGCAAGAUUGAUGAUAAUCUGCUGCUGGAGUCGAUGGAUGGCCGAUUUAAGGGCGAUAAGCACUAUGAUUCGAGGAGGAAGUCGCCGGCAGAUAAGACGCUAGUGCACAGUCAGCACUUUCGCAUCCGCCACUACGCCGGGCCGGUCACCUACGAUGUGACGGGCUUUAUUGAGAAGAAUCGGGACACGCUUUUCCAGGACUUUAAGCGGUUGCUUUAUUCAAGCAAAAACAAGGUCAUUUCAGUAAUGUGGCCUGAAGGGGCAAAAUCUGUGACUGAAGUCAGUCGACGGCCGGUGACUGCCGGGCAGAUCUUCAAGACGUCAAUGAACGAGCUGAUUGACAACCUAAAGCAGAAGGUGCCCUUCUACGUUCGCUGCAUCAAGCCCAACUCAGAGAAGUCGCCCGCAAAGUUUGACGAACAAGUGGUCUCACAUCAGGUGGAGUACUUGGGGCUGGUGGAGAACGUCAGAGUUCGGCGAGCUGGCUUUGCCUACCGAGCCGAGUAUGAGCGCUUCUUGAAACGCUACAAAAUGAUUUCCGGUAAGACGUGGCCCAACUACUAUGGAGGGGGUGGAAGCCAGAUGGCUUGUCGAGAGAUCGUCAACGAGAAAGGCUUCGACGAUGACGUCAAGUACGGCAAGACGAAGCUGUUCAUUCGCUCGCCGCAAACUAUCGUCAAGCUGGAACAGGACCGAGAGUACUACCUCAGUCUGAUCAUCGUUCUCCUGCAAAAGGUAUGGCGCGGCACCCUAGUGCGCAUGCGCAUGAAGAAGAUUCGCGCCGCCAUCACCAUCACGCAGUACUACCGCCGCUACAAACUGCGCAUGUACCUGCAGCAGCUGCACGCCAUCGGCUUGAUCGUAACCGAGGAGUUCAUCUUCAACGCCGAUCCCGUGAAGAUGAACUUCAUCAACCCGAAGGGCGUCGCCAUUGGCGAGCUGGCCGGCAUCGGCCUCUCAAAGGGCAGCGACCAGCUGAUGGUGGUGCAGGUGCGCGGCGGAAAUGACUUCAUUUUUGCGCUGGUGGACAGCACCGAGCCCGCCUCUAAGGCGGUCAACCGAGUGGGCGAGUUCCUGGCCAUCAUUUUGCGACAGUAUUUCCGGUAA